AUGAGCGCCGCCGCCGUUGCCAAUGGCCAUUCCAGCGCCUCCGCAUCGUUCCCCGACACCUCCAAUGUAAGUGAGAAUAGCAUGUGUCCGGGAUGUCACAAGUCGGUGGUGAAUGACAGUGGAGGAGUGGUCGUGGCCUUUGGACAAUCCUUCUUCCACGUCCAAUGCUUCAAAUGCGCCAAGUGCGGCAACCAGGUCAACGCCGACACGAACCUCCUCCUCCUCUCCGACGGCUCCCCAAUAUGCUCCAACUGCUCGUACAAUUGUAAUGUCUGCCACCUCCCCAUCCUCGACGAGGCCAUCAUGACCGGCGACGACGCGUAUCACGCACAUUGCUUCAAGUGCCGCAUCUGCAAAAACUUGAUUGACGACAUGGUGUUUGCGAAGACGAGCCAGGGUAUAUACUGUAUGAAAUGUCACAACGAGCGCGUGGCGCGGAAUCGGCGGCAUGCGGAGCGGAAGAAGGAGCAGCAGCGGGAGAGGGAACGGGAGUUGCAGCGGGCGAGGCAGGAGCUGGAGAGGUUGGCGGGAGAUAGUCCCGCGACUUUGAAGGAGCGUCAUAGCAAUGGUCAUGGGAGGGGUUCGCCGGUGCCCUUCUCGGUCACGGUUGCGCCUCCGGACGCCCAUGCUGAAUCGUACCAGUCGAAGUCAGCGUCGCCAUCUGUGUCGCGUCGGCCCUCCGCUGAAGCUAGCCCUAGCCCUAGUACGCCCGGACGAUCCGGAUCUUUGUCUGCCACUACACCCACCUCCGCGAGGACCCGAAUGGAUUCUCUCCCUCUGCCAUCCAUAUCCAACGGCCCAGGCAGCUUGCUUCAACGUAGGAAGAGUCGUGACGACUCCGCUCUCCCAGUUGAUAUCAGUAUCGACGCCGACUUGAGUGCUAAUAUUCAAGGUCUGAAUGUGCCUAAUAAAGGUAGUUCUCGGGCGGACAAACGACGCUCCAUCAAUCCUGGCCUUGGGUUAUCGCAGUUUACCACCAGUCCCCCACCGACAUCAGGUACCUCUUCCCCGACCACAUCCACGCAUACAAUCACCCCGCCAGGACAUUCCGCUCGGUCAGAGCCACAACCGUCUCAUGGACGCGAUUCACCUCGUACACCAUCCCCACUUAGAGAAUACUUCAACGACUACGAUACCUCCCACCCCUCCGUGAACGGCAAUUCUCAAAUCUCUUCUGCCAUAGACCGCAACGUGGAUCAGUAUGGCCGGCUGUCGCCGUCGACUCUCGACAUGGACUUGCUCGACAGGCCCACGUCGCGAUUUUCGGAUCGCUCGCGCCCGACGUCGCCCGCUUCGCCCUCGCAUCGUGUGGACGUGCCGCAUGGCGUGGAGAGCGGGACGGAUACGGAGGCGGAGGGCGACUCGGGUCCUAGGGGUGGCGAGCAGGACGAUGCUGAUGACGUGCCGCCCGCGCUGCCGCCGAAGGACGCGAAGGAUAAGCCCAGCGCCCGCCCGAGUGUCGAGCCACUGCAUGUCGAUACUACUUCUCGGGUGCCGGGAGAUAUCUCGCGUACUACGAGUGCUGAAGGGUCGGUUUCCGACGAUGAGGAAGAGCCCGUGCAACAGCGGAUGAGCACCACGACCUUCAUUGCGCCUGCGCUACCGCCGAUCAGGAUCUCGAUGAACAUGCCGGAUUUCGAUUUUUCGGACCUGCUCAAGUCGAUUGAGGGGUCGUCUAGGUCGUCAGAGCCUUUGUCGAAGCUUGCUGAAGAGGAUGGGAAAUCGCUUUCUGCGCCGACACCGCCGCCUACUGCUGCGAGCUCUUCGUUCCUCGAUUCACGGUCCGUUUCGCAACCUUCACCCACUCGAGCCCGGUCAUCCUCAGAGUCCGGGUACUACUCGCAAUCCAUUGGUCUUGAGUCGAGAUCAUCGUUGUCCACGGAGUCUGCCGAAGCGGGCCAUGGCAAUCCUCGUAUGACUCUGACAGUACCCGGCGUUGAACCAGUGAAGAUUGCCCGAGAAAGUGAGGAGUUGGUGACCCGUAGGCUGCAAGAGGUCUUGUUGGAUGCCAAUGAGCGCAACGCAUCUCAUGUAAAAUUGGACAAAGAGUUCGUGGAAGCGAUCUACAAGGUUUUGGAGCAGAAAAAGACAGAGCAGUCGACACUCAAGGGCAAACUGAAUAAUAUUCAGCGGGCAAGUCAGCAGUACAUGGAUGGCUUGACGGUUGCCCAGGCGGAAUACGACCGGGAGGUGAAAGCCAGACGAGAGGCUGAAUCCGAAGUGACUCGCCUUCGGGUAUUGCUUUCAGGGCAGGCAGCUCGGCUCUCCGCCAUCACAAGCGAGAGCAAGCGAGCGGAGAUGCAGCGGCAACUGUCUGAACAGUUGUCAAACAAUCUCAGUGGCCUGGAGCGCGACGUUUCGAAGCUUAAGGUGGAGAGAGAUCUUACCUUGGCGGAGGUGGAAGAGCUCUCGGCCUCUAAAAGCUCUCCCAAGCUGGACGUGACUGGGGAUAGCCCAAUGAGCAGAACUCUCUCAGUGCGAUUUGACAACAUCAAGAGCCAGUAUGCUCGUGAACUGGUGCCUCUUACGGAGCAGAAGGAGGCUUUGAACCGUGAAAUUGCUGAACUCAAAGCUCUCCGAGAGCAGUUCAUGGAAGAGACCGCUUCCCUUAGCGCUCGGAAUGAAGAGUUGGCGCAGCUCAAUCACCAGUACAUUCGCCAGAUGGAGUCCGUGACGUCCGAAGCUACUGCACCACCUGCAGUUCGCGAGAAGAAGAGCAGCUCCUUUGAUCGUCCUAGGACAGCCGGAGGCACGAUGACCACGUCUAUCACGACAUCGUCGACGCUUUCGGACGAUAGUAUGGUGAAGAUAAGUACGAUUGAUAUCCCCGAAACACCACAGCAUUCGACCUUGAAGCCUGGUAAAUUUAAAUGGCCUGGUUCCAAGGUUAAUAAAGAAGCUAUCUCAGCGUCAACCGAUGCUGAGUCGAAUCGGGGUAACGGACGUGUCGUGCAUAACUUCGUACCGCUCAGUACUCUACGCUUUGCUCGCUGCGAUCAUUGCGGGGAUAAGAUGUUUGGAUCUCAACAUCGAUGCUCUAAUUGCAACAUAUCUGUGCAUCCACGUUGUGUUCGUCAUGUUCAGACGUCGUGUAACAUGAAGUCUUCCGAGGAACCCGCCGCUCAGAUCGCCCCUCUUCCACCAUCGAUGUUCGGACGAGAUUUAAUAGAACAAGUUCAAGCAGACUCUAAAGAUGGUGAACGGUCUGUGCCGAUCAUUGUAGAGAAAUGCAUAGCAGCUGUGGAAGCAAGUGCCCUGGACCUCGAAGGAAUUUACCGCAAAACCGGAGGAUCCGGGCAAUCGAAGAUGAUCACGCAGCUAUUUGAGAAAGGGGACUACUCUUUUGACCUUCGAGAUUCUGAUCGCUUCAACGAUAUAUGCUCUGUCACCUCUGUCCUGAAGAGCUACUUCCGAUCAUUACCCAAUCCCUUACUUACAUAUUCGCUCCACGACGAGUUCGUUGCUGCUGCUGGUAUUCGCGAUCCCGAGAAGAAGUUGGAAGUGGUAACGGAUCUACUUGCCCAGUUGCCUCAUGAGCAUUUUGAGACAUUGAAGAUGCUGAUGCUUCAUCUCCACCGCGUGAUGGAACACAGCGAGGUGAACCUCAUGAGUGCGAGGAAUAUAGGUGUCGUCUUCGGUCCCACUUUGAUGCGAUCGUCUGAUCCUAGCGCGGAAUUCAGCGACAUGGGGGCGAAGGCCAUGUCUGUAGAGUGGCUGGUUGAGAAUGCCCCGGCUGUGUUCGCGAGUUUCAGCUAG